CUCUGGUUUCUCCUGAGAAAACUACCCCCAACUCCCCCAACUGAACCUUCAAAGUAUCCCCAACUCUCCCUCCCAAGUGACCCUAGAAUUUCAGAAAACUGCACCUGCAAGGCUACAACUUGCUCAACCACAGCAGACAAAUGGCCAAGUUGCCGCGCGUUGUGAGUGGCCACCGCAAUCUUGUUUGUCCCAGGUGUAUAAUAAGCGCCCGGCCACCACCUCGCCAAAGGACCAUCCAUCUAACCCAGCGCUAGCUCUCUCUGCAAAGCUCCCUUGUCUACCAUAAGCUCGGAAGAAGACGCCGGGAAGCUCGGCUGGAGGUGAGGGGCGGUGAAGAGGUGUAUAAUGCCGUACACGGCGUCGAGGCCGUCGGCGCCGCAGAGGGCGCGGGUGGCGGCGGGGGGCGGGGGGUGGAAGGCGGCGGCGCACGCGGCGUCGUGCGGGGCGGUGCCGGGGGAGGUGGCGCGGCACCACGAGCACGCGGCGGGGGCCGGGCAGUGCUGCUCGGCGGUGGUGCAGGCGAUCGAGGCGCCCGUGGGCGCGGUGUGGGCCGUGGUGCGGCGCUUCGACCGCCCGCAGGCGUACAAGCACUUCAUCCGGAGCUGCCGCGUCGUGGACGGCGACGGCGGCGCGGUGGGGUCGGUGCGCGAGGUGCGGGUGGUGUCGGGCCUCCCCGCCACCAGCAGCCGCGAGCGGCUGGAGAUCCUGGACGACGAGCGCCGCGUGCUCAGCUUCCGCGUCGUCGGCGGCGAGCACCGCCUCUCCAACUACCGGUCGGUGACCACGGUGCACGAGGCCGCGUCGGCGGGCGCCGUCGUGGUGGAGUCGUACGUGGUGGACGUGCCCCCCGGGAACACCGCCGACGAGACGCGCACCUUCGUCGACACCAUCGUGCGGUGCAACCUCCAGUCGCUGGCGCGCACCGCCCAGCAGCUCGCCCUCGCCGCCUAGGGCAUGCCGGCCCUCCUCACCGGCGUCCACCAACAACCUUUUUCUCUUUUUUUUCCAGGAAUUUGAUCGUCGUUGCUUAUUGUUUCCUGACUCCUUGUGCGAAUUAGUUGCCUCCAUCGAGGAGGCGAUUGAUCAUGAUCAGAUCAGCGUGUGUUCUUCUAGCUUGUGUACGUUUACCCCCUUCCAUUUUUGACUACACAUAGUACAAAUCAUUGUGUUAGUGCUACUACCAGAUACUAACCCUUGUUCAUAAACAUCCAUGCGUUCUUCCUCUUGUUCUCCCUAAAUUUCUU